AUGGGGGCCUAUCUGAGCAAGGAAGCGUCGGAGGAUCGAGGCACCAAGGUAUGGCACCGUUGUUGUUUCGCCUGGAACCGUUGGUUGCACCCAGUCCUACAUUAUGGGGCAGUCCCAGCAAUCUUCGCCUUGGGUCUCGCGGCCAAUGGCGAGCUCACAGCAAACCCCGCAACUCUCUUCCAGAAACUUAUCUUGAAUUGA